AUGCUCCCGCCGUCCGACCCCGACGCCCCCGUCCGCGCCACAGACACAGACGCCGCCCUCGCACGCCUCUCCGCCGUCCGCAAGCGCUACCUCGACGACCCCUACAUCGCCCCGCUCGUCCCCCGCCCCCACCUCCAGCCCCCGCGCCCCCCGCUCAUCAACGUCGGCACCUACCUCCGCGCCCGCGCCAUCGAUGCCCUCGUCGACCGCUGGAUCCGCGCCGCCCCCGCCCACUCCGCCGUCCAAAUCGUCAGCCUCGGUGCAGGCAGCGACACGCGCUUCUGGCGCCUCCAGACGGGCCCCCACGCACACCGCGUCGCGCGCUACCUCGAGCUCGACUUUCCGGAGGUCACGUCCAAAAAGGCGAUGGCCAUCCGCAAGAGUCCGCUCCUCAGCGCGCCGCUCGGCAGCCCCGAGUCCGUCUCCCUCGCCGCAGGCGGCACCGCGCUGCGCUCCGACGUAUACAACCUCCUCCCGGUCGACCUCCGGCUCCCGCCCGAAACGAGCCUCGCGUCCGUCCUCACCACGGCCUCCCCCACGUCCCCGCCCUUGCUCUCUCCGCACCUCCCCACGCUCCUCCUCUUCGAAUGCGUGCUCGUCUACAUGCACCCCUCCGCCUCCGACGCCCUCAUCCGCUGGUUCGCGGACUACUGCACCGGCCCCAACCCCAGCCCCAGCCCUAGCACGGGAUCCAACUCAAACACCGGCGCCCUAGGCUGCAUCGUCUACGAGAUGUUCGGCCUCACCGACGCCUUCGGCCGCGUCAUGCUCAACAACCUCCGCUCCCGCGGCGUCGCCCUCCCCGGCGCAGACCCCUACCCCACGCGCGCCUCCCUCCCGCAGCGCUUCCUCCGCCUCGGCUUCUCCGCCGCCCACGCACUCACCCUGCGCGAGAUCCGCGCAGACUACACCCCCCGCCCCGAGCUCGAGCGCCUCUCGACCCUCGAGCUCCUCGACGAAAUCGAAGAGCUCGACCUCGUCCUCGCGCACUACGCCAUCACGUGGGGCAUCAAGCUCCCCGGCGCCGGCCCGGAUCCUGGUACCGACUCCAUCGCCGACUCCAACGCCGAAGCCGCCGACGCCGCGCGGCCCCAGCCGGCCGCAUGGCUCGCGUGGGGCCUCGACGCGCACCCUGCGCGCCCCGCGGGCGCGGAGGACGAGUGA